GCAGCGUUCCGCGCUUCAAUCGUCCUCUUAGUCAUUGCUGACGAAAACCUGAUAGCGUCUUUUGCAUUGUCGAGGCGAGUUUCGGAAAGCUGUUGAAGCACAGUCGGGUGGAUUGCAGCCCUCCGCCCUGCAAGCUAAAAUUAGUCGCUUGUGUGGGAAAAUCGCCACGCAUGGUCACAAAUCGGUGCCAGUUGUAAAAAAUUCUCCAAAGUAAUUGCGAAUUUCAUCACUUCGCGGAGCCACUCGCCCCUCGAUUGGGAACGCAUCGACAGCGACGCCGCCAUGUUUUGCAGUUUCAUUUCAGUGGUCCGCGCGAGUGUUGAAAUUCAAUUCUGAAAUUUGUCAGUAGAGCGCUUAGCGGCGCGUAAAUAAUUCAUAAUAAUGAAGCGAGCAAUUCAACCGAAUGUUAGAAAGGUCUACGGUGGGCCAAGCGCCCAGCAAGAAAGUCAAAUGAAUGCCGUACGUAAAAUACACAACCUACUUUCGAGUGGCGCCGUUACAGUUACAGGACCAACACAACCCCGCAUCCUCAAACAGAAGAUGGGCAUUACGACAAAUGUAACAUCAACAACUUCGCCUGGGACAAUUCAAAACAGCCAAACACAAAUAGUUCAACAAGCGCCCUCGCCACAGAGCCGCUGUUACGUUUGUGAUGAAGUUGUGGGUAACCAGUGUACGCUGCUGUCAGAGUCAGUAACGACACACUCCAAUACAAAACUACCAAAUAAAAUUGGGCAAUUAAUUGGCGAAGCCUUUAUGGUUAUUAUUAGUUUAGAAGACGUUAUAUGUAAGCGCUGUGUCAUGAUGAUAAAUCACUUAGAUCGGCUGGAACUCGAUUUCGAAAGAGUAAAGUCAAGUUUACUGAAUUUUAUCUUUAAAAAGUAUGGAUUGUCCGAUGAAGAUCGACAGGCGAUCACGUCACCCCCAGCCAAAUUGCAAAAACUUAAUAGCGGAAAUACCGCCCGCAAAUUAAUAGACGACGAGCAAGAAAUAGGGACUCGAAAAAUUGUGCAAAGCGUACAAAGAGAUCCGGCUGAUAGUCAACUUUCGAACAUGUUCGAAGGUAACGACAAACAGCCCCAAACAAAAGUCAUAAGUCAACAACAAACAACCACACAAAACCAACAAACGCCAGCCCGCAAAGGACCGAUAAAAAUAUACAAGUGCAUGUCGUGCGAAUUCAAAACAACGGACUUGAAACAAUUCCAACCCCACUACGAAAUAUGCCGCCAACAGAACGGAUUCCGUUGUAAAAUAUGUAAAAAGAUUUUCGUCAAUAUGACGACGCUGAAACAGCACGUUGCGGAAAAGCAUCCCAACGAAUAUACCUGCAAUAUUUGCAAUACAAACUUCCUGAAUGAAAUUACACUGAAAAAACACAUGGAACUGAAUCAUCCAGAGAAUAAAUCACCGAGCGGAAUGGUAGCCGGCGAGCAGAUUCUUCAUUCCUGUAACAUGUGCCAGUACAAGACAACGGACAAGGCCAGUUACGACGACCAUUUGAGGAAGCACGUGAAGUUGAAGCCUUUCAAGUGUAGGAUCUGUUCUGUGCGCUUCGAAACACGCGAACAGGCAAGUAUACACGCUAAGUCCCAUCAGCCCAACUACUAUAAGUGCGGAACAUGUUCUGCCUCGUUCACACAACGCGAGAUGCUCGUCAAGCAUUUUGAAACGCAUCAGAAGCAACAAGCGCCACAACAACCUCAACAACAGCAACAACCUCAACAAGGACACCAAGUUGAGCCGCGCAUGCUCUCGACGCAGAAACUUCUUCAAGACACUAUCGAUGAAGCUCUGCGUGAGUCUGAGACGUUAGAUAGCAAGGGAAUUCACUUCUUCUCCUGUAAUAUCUGUUCGUUGACAUUCAUCCAGGAGAACUAUUACAAUCAGCAUAUGGAGAUGCAUAAACGUGAAGGCAAGAAGGGUGCAACGGUUGUAACAACUACUCCGACAACCUCCCAAAGCCUCAUACGACAAGAUAUGAGGAAUUCAAACCUGCUCACCACAACGGCACAAGGGUCAAAUAUAUCAGAGACGGACAUUGAAAGUAUUUUCGAGAAAAUGCACUCGGAUAAGGCGGAAAAUGAGGCUAGUAAUAGUAAUAGUAGUGAGAAUCUUGUUAUAACAAGUCAGGAAAACUCUGUUGGCGGAAUAACUUUCAACAUCACAAUACCUCGUCAGGAGAAUGCCAGCGAAAGGCCGGUAGCGAAAACGGGUAACCAAAAUCAAGCCGAUCAGCCUGCUACAUCGACUGCAUCUGGAGAAAGUGUCAGUGUCGGCAUUGAUAUGCCCGUCCUUGACCAGGGUCCUGAAGAUAGCAACCAGCGAAAUGCAGACCAAAAACUUCAGUUGGCAUCUGCCGAAGGUGCCCAACCAGAGCAAGUAGCCACAGGACCAGUCAGUAUGCCCAGCUUAGACGACGAGGGUGACUCACAAAGUCAGCCGUCCAACACAGAUCAAGUACCCAUGGAUCUGGAAGACAUGCAAAAUGCCGUUGAGGGCAAUCAGAUAAAAUUCAUACUUAACGAAAACGGUCAAAUCCUACAAUUAGAUAAUCAUAUAAUCACAACGGACGCGGAUGGGAAUCAGAUCCUUGUUCAAGGUACGGAUUCGGAACAGAUCCAACAGUUGUUGCAGAGCGUAGGAGUCUUACAAACCGCCGAUGGCUUGGACGGCGAACUCCAAAUGAUCGGCGAUAAUAACCAAAUGAUCAUCGUACAACAGGGAGAUAACGAAGCACAGUUGAUUGACGCAUCAUUGUUAAAUGCAGACGGUCAUAUUGUCAUUCAACAAUCCCAAGACGGUGAUAUUCCGGAAGGAGCGCAUGCAAUCGGCGAGGACGGAGUACGGAUACCCGUAUCGGUCGCAUAUACGACAAAUGAACAGGGCGAGACGGUCGCUAUCCACGCACAAUCCGAACAGCCUGAACAAGAAAAUUCAGAGUUGAUUAACCAACAGGCGAAAAAUGAGGAGUCCCAAGAGAAGCCCAACGAACCAACGGAGGAGAGUACCAGGCUCGCCAUUCCUGUGACUUCGGAACAACAAAUAGUCGCGACGACACAAUCCCUGCCUACGUCCACAGGCGAAGCAUUCUUCGCGCUUGAGGACCUCAUGCAGCAGUCUGAACAAAAGAAAUGGAACGAAAGUAAUCAACUAUUUUAGUUGAGAAAAAAAACUAUAAAACGAAGCAAACACACAUACCAGAGGAGGAUAUUUUAAGUGUCACACAUGUCAACAUUUUGAUUACGCAUUAGAGCUUUUAUUUCUAUUACAACUUCCCGAUGGAAGAGUUGACCCCCAGUUUCAUUUUCUACUUCAUGCUAUAUAAACCCACAAACACACACCUUAUAUUAUAUUUCAGAAUAAUAUAGACUUAAUACUUAUGAAUAGAACUACAAAGAAAAAAGAUGGUACGGAGGUGCACAGAUCUGGAUUUGUUGACAAUAUAAGGAUAUACACGUAAAAGAUAAAAUUUUUUUUUUGUUUCUUUGAAAUAUUUCUUUGUCCCUUUUUCAAUGAGUUUCACUUUGAUUAUGAGAAUGAUGUAAUAUUAGGAAGUAUGAGAAGGCAAAGUAAAGUAUAAAAAGCUUUGAUUUGUAAAAUAAAUAAAAAAUAUUAAAUUUAAGAAAAUAACGA